UACAGCCUUCACAAAAUGAGACUGUAGGUUUGGGUUUUUUGCCCCUGCCAUUAAACCAAUCCAUAAUAGCAGAUGUCAUCAGCCCCAAAUAAAAAUAAGUGAUGGAUGAAAAGAUUUCAUGAGUUAUUCCUGGCAGUUGGAGUCCUCUUGAAAAAGGGAACCCAGAGGUAAAAGUGACAGUAUUCAGUAAUCACUCAAGAAAUCCAUACUUUGACAGAAGAGGAAGCUACUAUACACUCAAAAUAAUGAGCAAGCAUACUAACUUUGGACGCCACAAGAUGAGUGGUCAUGAUGCAGAAGGGUUGAAGAACUUCUGGGAGAAAGUCAUUCAAGAGCAAACCAGACAAAGAGAAGGUGAAGAGCUUAGGUUAAGGAAAAGUGCACUGAACAAGCUUCGCCAUGAGUGGACUGAGAGGUUGGAAGGCCGAGCAAAGCUGGUCCAGGCGCACAUGAAAAAGCAGAAAGAGCAGAUGACGUUGCUGUCUAUUGAGGCUCUUUCCUCACCAGAUAAAACUGUUGCUUAAGGUUACUGUGAAAAUAUAAAAAGCCCUGCGCUUCACUCUGACCUUCUUCAUGCCCCUAUUAACCAGUUACAUUGCUGAACAAGCAAGAGCUCAGACUCUGGCCCUUUUCCAGACCAGUUAUUAGAGCUCCUAGUAAAGUCCUACAUAAAUUCAGUGCAAGAAUAAGGCCACAGUACGUAAUCUCUUGAAGACUAUGGAGGGAGAGAUGAGAAGCAGGCAUCUAUAAAUCCACAUAAUAUAUUAUUACCCCAAAGUAGGACAGCUUUAUUAUGUAACUGCAUUUUCAAAUGACAACAAACAUAUUUCUCAGAAAGAGUAUCACUUGUUUACUAGGUAUAAUACAUUCAGAUUGUUGCAAGUAAAGUUGUACGUUUCCAUUCACAGAGCUCUCAGACUCUGGCUUAAUGCAGGUGUCAUCCACCUUGCCAGUCACAGAAGGCUGAGGAUCAGUCUGAUAAGCUGGACAAAAGAGGAAAUACAUUUUUAAAUGGAAUCAGGAAAAAGAAGGAAUGAGAGUGAUCAAUGUAUAGGAGAGUUUCCAGAUCUGAAUCAUUAGUUGAAAAAAGGUAAAAAUUUUUGCUUUGGUGCAUGGAUAUAAAAAAGACUACUGACGGUAUCAUGAACUAGUUUGAGAGAUGUCUAAGUGGGUAGGUAAGGGAGUUUGAAACAGAAGGUAGUUCAUCAUAACAGUACAAGAAUGCUCUGCAAGGUGUUGCUUGCCAUACCUGGUUUGCACUAAUCUAAACACUUGCUGCAUUGCUUCUCCUUCUAGGUUAGGUGAAAUACAGGAAGUACUAACAAAACAUAGGGUAAUAAGAGUGUGCUUUGUUUUCUUGUGAGUCUAUGUAUGUAAAUACCACAACAUCCCUUGGAUAAAAACAUUUACUUGUUAACUCUUUAUUUCUUCGAUGGUCAAGAGACCAGUUAUAAGUCUAAAAUAUUUUUCUAUAACAAUAUUGAUCUAGGUGAAAUUUUACAUUUCAUCAUUGUAUACAAUGAACAAGUAAGUAUGAAUACAUUUGAUAAAUUCCAAAACAAAGCAAAAAUUAAACCUUUUUCACCUCAUGGAAAUGCUAUAUUUAUCCCUUUAAGACAAUAUUUCAUUAAAACACAUAAUUUUACAGUUUGUUCCCACUUUUACAUAGUGAUAUUCUCCCAUAGGAAAAGAGUACUUUAUCACACACACACA